UUGUGCAGACCUGGCAACCCGCUGGCCAUUCGUGCAUGUAUUUGUUUACUACUACAAAUUCGCCGAAAUAAUGUACGCCUUUUGACAAACAACGAGCUUCGCCAUUGUCAAUUAUGCUGUCCUAUAAUAAACCCUCCCUUUUAAACGUGUGCAGAUGCUGUUUUACAGAGAAAUUCUUGUCGAGAAGAGGACUGUCAACUACACAAAAUCUGUCAAGGACAAACCUUCCACAUCAAAAGAUUUUGACACAUUUCCGUCAUGCACAGAAGAAUGCUGCAUUUCUUUCACAAUUAAUUUAUUGUCCAACUGCAUGUGGGGGAACACGAGGGCUGUUCGGAGGAAGCCGUGACAAUGUUCACCAGCAGACCCUGGAGGAUAUUGCAGAAAAUAUCAAAGAAAGCAAGUUCAAAAGAGUUGUGGUGAUGGCAGGAGCGGGCAUCAGCACUCCCAGUGGAAUCCCAGACUUCAGAUCGCCUGGCAGUGGUCUUUAUGACAACCUUCAACAGUACAAUCUGCCCUAUGCAGAGGCCAUAUUUGAAAUAAACUACUUCCGUCACAAUCCAAACCCUUUUUUCGCUCUAGCCAAAGAGCUUUAUCCCGGUAAUUACCAACCCAAUCUGACACACUACUUCAUUCGCCUGCUUCACGAUAAGGGGCAGCUGCUCAGGAUGUACACGCAAAACAUUGAUGGACUGGAACGAAUGGCUGGCAUUCCCCCACACAUGUUGGUUGAGGCACAUGGCACAUUUGCCACGGCCACAUGCACAGUUUGCCGAAGGGAUUACAAGGGAGAGGAGCUCCGGAAUGAUAUCAUGGAAGGAAAAAUACCCAAAUGCUCCACUUGUAAAGGAGUCAUCAAGCCUGACAUUGUGUUCUUCGGUGAGGAGCUUCCUCGGCCGUUCUUCAGUUACCUGAGAGACUUCCCAAUAGCAGAUCUACUCAUAGUCAUGGGGACAUCUCUAGAGGUGGAGCCGUUCGCCAGCUUGGCCGGUGCCGUACGUGGUUCUGUGUCACGGCUUUUAAUAAAUCGAGACCUUGUGGGGCCGUUUUCUUGGGGGUCCCGUCACACUGAUGUGGCUGAGCUGGGAGACGUAGUCAGUGGGGUAAAAAAACUGGUGGAGCUCCUUGGCUGGAAGCAGGAGUUAGAAACCCUAAUGAAUGCUGGCGGAGACGAGGCUUCAACAAACAAGGAGUGAACAACCAAAUUUCAUCUUGACACGGAUCUGGAGACCCAGAAUGGGAUUGAAUGUUCGUUGAGCUCUUUCUCAGUAGUGAGCAGACUUGGGAGUGAGUUUCAUUUGUUGACAAGGUGUACUAAUUAACCCGUAAAUGCGUGAAUGUUUUUAUGAAGAUAUGUGUAUCUAACAUUCAGCAUUUGGCUCAUCGUUGUGUAUCAGACAUCGCCACCUUGAGGAAUAAAGGUGAAUUGCUCU